GAGGCUGUGAGCAGCCACAGUGCCCUGCUCAGAAGCCCCGGGCUCGUCAGUCAAGCUGGUUCUUGGUUCGCGCUCGGCAGCGCAGGCAGGCGAGUGGUCCUCAAUUCCGGGUGCAGAGCAGCAGCGCCCCAGUCCUGGUCCUCCAGCCCCAAGCCUCGCCUGCCCACCCAGCGCCAGGAUGGCCACCAUCACCUGCACCCGCUUCACGGAAGAGUACCAGCUCUUCGAGGAACUGGGAAAGGGAGCCUUCUCGGUGGUGCGCAGGUGUGUGAAGGUGCUGGCUGGCCAGGAGUAUGCUGCUAAGAUCAUCAACACCAAGAAGCUGUCGGCCAGAGACCAUCAGAAGCUGGAGCGUGAAGCCCGCAUCUGCCGCCUGUUGAAGCACCCCAACAUCGUCCGGCUCCACGACAGCAUCUCUGAGGAGGGACACCAUUACCUGAUCUUCGACCUGGUUACUGGUGGGGAGCUGUUUGAGGACAUCGUGGCCCGGGAGUAUUACAGUGAGGCUGAUGCCAGUCACUGUAUCCAGCAGAUCCUGGAGGCCGUGCUGCACUGCCACCAGAUGGGUGUGGUGCACCGGGACCUGAAGCCGGAGAAUCUGCUGUUGGCUUCCAAGCUCAAGGGCGCCGCGGUGAAGCUGGCGGACUUUGGCCUGGCCAUAGAGGUGGAAGGGGAGCAGCAGGCAUGGUUCGGGUUCGCAGGGACGCCUGGAUACCUCUCCCCGGAAGUGCUGCGGAAGGACCCGUAUGGGAAGCCUGUGGACCUGUGGGCCUGUGGGGUCAUUCUGUACAUCCUGCUGGUUGGGUAUCCGCCAUUCUGGGAUGAGGACCAGCACCGCCUGUAUCAGCAAAUCAAAGCCGGCGCCUAUGAUUUCCCGUCACCAGAAUGGGACACUGUCACCCCGGAAGCCAAGGAUCUGAUCAAUAAGAUGCUGACCAUCAACCCAUCCAAACGCAUCACGGCCGCCGAGGCCCUCAAGCACCCUUGGAUCUCGCAUCGGUCCACUGUGGCCUCCUGCAUGCACAGACAGGAGACCGUGGACUGCCUGAAGAAGUUCAACGCCAGGAGAAAACUGAAGGGAGCCAUCCUUACCACAAUGCUGGCUACCAGGAACUUCUCUGGAGGGAAGAGCGGAGGAAACAAGAAGAAUGAUGGUGUGAAGAAAAGAAAGUCCAGUUCCAGCGUUCAGUUAAUGGAAUCUUCAGAGAGUACCAAUACCACCAUUGAGGAUGAAGACACCAAAGUGCGGAAACAGGAGAUUAUAAAAGUGACAGAGCAGCUGAUCGAAGCCAUAAGCAAUGGAGAUUUUGAGUCCUACACGAAGAUGUGUGACCCUGGGAUGACAGCCUUUGAACCUGAGGCCCUGGGGAACCUGGUCGAGGGCCUGGACUUCCAUCGAUUCUAUUUUGAAAACUUGUGGUCUCGGAACAGCAAGCCCGUGCACACCACCAUCCUGAACCCCCACAUCCAUCUGAUGGGUGACGAGUCGGCCUGCAUCGCCUACAUCCGCAUCACGCAGUACCUGGAUGCGGGUGGCAUCCCCCGCACGGCCCAGUCGGAGGAGACCCGUGUCUGGCACCGCCGGGAUGGCAAAUGGCAGAUCGUCCACUUCCACAGAUCUGGGGCGCCCUCCGUCCUGCCCCAUUGAAGGACCGGGCCGGGGGGCCCUGUACCGCAGAGAUGUUCUCUUCGUUCAUGGAACGUGGCUGCUGGUUCUCCCACUUGGAUUUGGCUGGAAUUCCCCCAAUCGCGUCACCCCAUCCCACCACCAUCACCAUCACCACCACCGCCACACCUGCAUCAAGAAAACCUGUCUGUCCACAAAAGUUAUCACGACUUCAGAGCAAAUAGCCACAUCUCCCUGCCACCACCUGUCACUCUACUGCCAGGGCGAGGCUUCCUCGGGCCUGGGUGCCCUGGGUGCUCUGGGUGCUGGCUCCGAGGACCCCUACCCCUCCUGGCUGCCGCUAGCCUGCUCUUGCCUUGGCUAUAGGCCAGAAUGCCCAGCUGUGUGUCCCCCAGGGGCUGAGGAAAAAGAGGGGCAGAAUCAGGAGGAAUGUGGAUCUGCCCCCACCUUUCGCUGUCUCUCUCCUUCCAGGGUCCCCCUCAACCCCUGAGCCAGCCUCCCCUGUGGGAGAGGGUGAGAGAGGAGCAGACACCAGGAGUCCCCACCUGACACUGCCUCCCUAGCUCUUCUCCCAUCCUGUCCCCUCCUCCUGUCCCUGUGGACCCUUCCCCUCAGCGUGUGGAGCACAACGGUCUCAGGGUGCCCUCACUCUUCUCCUCCGGCUGAUGUUCACCUCCAACAGUAACUCCCAUUCCACCCCUUCCAUCAGCCCUGGAGAAUUCCAGCUCCGUCACAUCUGAGGGAGAGAAUCUGAUUGCUUUUUGGGGGCAAAGAAGGCAACAUUUAGGUAUCACUUCUACUUGGACCGCAUGCCUUUUUAUAGCCAAACUUCUGUGUGUUUCCUAAAUGGAUUUUGCGUUCCUGGAUAUCUAUGUGAUAACUAAACCUCUCAAAUUAUUGUGGGGAAGGUCAGGUUGGGUUGGGAAGGGACGUGGGAAGAGGGAUGAGGGGUAGUUUUUUUUCUGUUCUAGGUCUCUUUCUUCUUCUUCUUUUUUAAUGUCAUCUCUGAGAUGGACUUUGUCACCCAUGGUUAUCUGGGGUCGAGGUGGACUCAGUCCCCGGGGAUGGAGGGGUGCGGGGGGUAGGGGGAAGAGGGCCUCAUUGACAUUUUGGUCCUAAGGUUCCUUCUCAGGACUGUAGAAACACCAGAUGUUAGAGCUAAGAAAUAGCAAAUCAGGGCAGAGAGAGCCGGUAGGGGGCGGGGGGGGGGGGCGGGGGGAGGUUGUCAAGACGGAAAUUAUCUUUUUUUUUUCUUUUUUUUUCUUGCCUCCCAAACUGAGGUUCCUACUACGACGCUUCCCAGCUUCCCCGGAUUUCAUUCCACCGCAUCUAUGUGCCCUCUCAGCCCCUCCCCCAGUCUUUGGGGAUUCAUGAGCAUGUGUCUCCAUUGCCUCUCCCCUCUGUAUCUGCUGGUCCAAGCAGAGCACUGGAAUUUCUCCUCUUCACGCCUCGUCCUGCAGCCGUGGGUUCGAAUCUCUUUCUUUUCCUUUCUCUUCCCCUCUUCCCCUGGGAUUGACUCUGAUGUGGAAUGCCUUGGCGCAUCCACUAGGAUCUACUGUCUGCACUGUUUUCUUUGCAUGACUUUAUAUGCAGUAAGUACGUCAAAAAAAAAAAAAAAAAAAGAAAAGAAAAGAAGAAAAAACACUCAGCAAAACCAAUCUACAUGUUUUGGACAAAAAAAAAAAAAAAAUAGAGGUUGUAUUCUCAGUGUCCGACUCGGAAUUAUGUUGCCGCCUCUCUGUGCUUUUGGCCUCUGUGUGGCCGUGUUUUGCCAGCAUGAGAUAUUGUCCCCUCUGGAGGAUUUUAGGGGAGGAAGAGCCACAUCCCCAGGGAUUUGGAGGAGGCUCUGGUUCCCCCGAACCUCUGGGGAGUCCUGGGUGUUGGCUGGAGGACUGGGGGGAUGUUUGAUCCAGGACUUUCUGAGUUUUCCCUGAUCAUGAGUUGUCUGCCGGGGCCCUUUUCACAACUGCUGCUGCCCUGGGGACAGGUGAGGCAGGCUAUUCUGGGGCUGCAGGCCAGGAUAGAGGCUGCCUAGGCCUCCUGGUCUCCAAACUGGUUGAUCACCGGCCUCUAUCCUUGGCAGACACCCUGUUGCUGAGGCCCAGGGGCAGGCACCUGGUCUGCCCCAGGUCCAGAGGGCUUCCCAGUAAGGCCCAGUGAUCCCAGCGUCCCAGCAACAAAACCGCCUGCCUCCCUUGUGAGCUGCCAGCUCCCAUAGCCAUCCCUAAGCCAAAGGUGAGGGUGCAGCCUUCACAGGGGAUGCUGCAAGUACCUAGACAAAGUCUGGUCCCUUUUCCAGCCUCAGUUUCCCCAUCAGUUAAAGGGUGAAAUAUUCCUGCCCAGCCUAUGUUGCAGAGCUGUUGGGGGAUCAAACAGGACGGCGAAGUGAAGCCCGAUGUACCUGCAAGAACUGACAGGAUCCACUGGCUGGACCCCUGCUUCAUUCUGGGCCUUGACCAGCGCCCACUUCUCCCCCACCUGCCCCUCAUUCCCCUCUUCGGUGCCUGUCAACUGCUUAUUAGCAGUGGACUGUGGGGAAAGAGCCAUGCUUUGGGGGUUAGUAGGAUUCCAUCCCCAGUUCUGACCAGACUUGCUGUGUGACCUUGGGCAAGUCCGUUUCCUGCUCUGGCCCUGGGUUUUCCCACCAGGGGUAACUGAGCUGGAGGACCCCAGUGUCCCGAUCUUUAUUUGCUGACAUGCCUCCCGUCUACCGUGUCCAGUUCCAAGUGCCAGAGAAAUGGAGGCAAGGUCCCUACCCCGGGAGGAAACGGCCCCACGAGGAAGGCCACUCCUGUGGGCGGGCAGUCAGCCAGUGUGGACCACAGGCCAUCAGCGUGAUCCUGAGGCAGCACGCAGGGGAGGCUGGCAGACAAAGCGGCCCAGAGCCCACCCCCACCAGACAGUGAAACUCUGCUCCUCUAAAACAUCCUGUAGACGCAAAAAAAUCCAGACCUAAGAC